AGUACAGGAAAGCGCGAUGUUCGCCGGCAGCUUCGAGGCCUGUGGCAAGAUCAUUCCAGUUUCGUACGUUCAGCAAGCUCAGAAUGCCAGAAAGAGCCGCGAAAAUCAAAUAAGAACAUUUCUGGAACACGUAAGUGAUGCAAUAUUGGAUCAUGACUCCAACUGAAAUGAUAGCAAUACGAAGUUAGGCGCUGUACUGAGAUGUCUGCUGAAAAUGUUUGUUCCUAAAAGUUUUAAGUAGGCUGUAAACGGUAUAUUGUCGGUGAAAAGUUUCUUUCUUCUGAGCAGUUUUAUAAUUUGUUUUAAGUAUUCAAGAAUUGUCCAGCUGAUGAUAUUAAUUAGGAGGGGAGGGAGAAAGUGGAGGAAGCUAGAAGCUACAAAUUCUAGAUGUAAAGGAGCAUGAGGAGCAUUGAGCUCCAGUUAAGCUAGAAAUAAUUCAAUAAAUUGCUUAUUUGAGCUUAUGUUCAUCAAGAAGGUGCUUUUAACGUGGACUAAAUUAUAUUUCAGUUGAAUAGAGUAGUAGUAGCUGGUUAUAAAUUGGCGAAAUGGAUGUGUUUUUGUUAUGAGAUUGAUCAGAUCGAUCUCCAAUCGAUACCGAGAUCGCAUGGGGGGCUGUUCACACAGACGACUUCUAAGUCUUCUAAGUAGGCAAGUAAUGUCUGACUAAGGAGGAUUAAUCCUGAGGCUUCAGGUCUCCAAGGAAGUUGCUUAAUUCUUUAAAAACAUAAACUCAUGCAUUUUUUUUCUUGGGCAGGGGAGGGCAGUCCUGACUUUUUACAGGAAUCAUUGUAGUUUUGCAAUUUGGCUUUUAGUUGUUUUGCCUUUGUCCAGCACUACUUCCGGUCCUGUCCAGGGAAUACCUGUUUUGUUACAGCUUUAGCAAAGUCUACGUAAACGUCUGCGUUUCGCUGACUUAUGUUAAUGUUAUCUUGAAUCUGGUCACCCCAAGCAGCGAUAAGAGCUCUUGUCUCAGACUCCGUACACAGUUCUCUUUUUUGAAGACAUUGCAACUUGUAAAAACAAAAAUCCUCUUGUGAGUUACAAGUUGCAUGAUAUGCUUGGGUGACUCUCAAUGAGGAGAGGCUACAGAGCUAGAUCGCUUUCAGGAAAGUUCAUGUUCUCACUUAGCAUGGAACAAAAUUUAUAGAUCAUUCUUGGACUGAUCUCAGACUACCAUCUGAAGCGAGCCAGGUUUGAUCAAUCCCAGAUGUAAUCUCAGAAAAAUUGCAAACAUUCACAUUCAGCAUGUAUAAAAGCCAGAUCAAUCUGAGAUUGAUCUAGUUGCUAAGCAUGAACAGGGUCUAAGAUUGAUUGUUAAUUAAAGCCAUGCAGCAUUAACAGCUGUGGAGGCUAAUGGUUUUCAAAAACAGUUGUAACAACUCACAACACUGUCUCUUUCAAGCUCUAGCUUUAAGUACCUUUUCCUGCCUUGUACUUCAUCCUGGAGAGUUUAGGAUAAUGUGGCUAGUGAUUUAGUAUCUUGGACAUGCAGUUACUUUCUCAUUGGGUGUUGGGGGUGCCAUAAUUUCUGGAUUAAAAGUGAUGGGGAUGAUGAUGAUGAUGAUGGGAAAAUUCAAUUUAUAUUGGAGUGUUUCGAGGGUGGUGAAACUUUGAUGAAGAGUUUCAUGGUAAAGUUAAUGAACUAAAUGACUUGUUUUCUUCAGGACUGGCUGUCACUAAGAGUGAGGGGAUGGGGAUUUCUCCCGGAUACGACAAGUAUGACCCCCAGCUAUUGUCAUGGGAAACAAAAGAAAAAUCGAGCCAAAUGAACAUUUUUUCCUGUUCAAUUCCCACCUGAUUACUGCCUUUACCUGUCAACUUGAAAUCUUAGCAACAGCCUUGUUCUUGGGUUUAAGCGUGGUUUAGGGAAUUUUUUGAAAUCAUCCUCCUGAUUUUGAAUCUAGAGUCCUGUCCAAGGGAUGAUACACUAAAAACAGUGAUUCAUCACCCAAGAUGUAAUACAUGAUCAAUGUUAUGAGAGAUGUAAGCAGUGACAGAACUUCUCAUGGUGAGUUUCCAUCAUUUACAAUCGGCGACAAAAUUGGUGAGACAUUGUCCUCAAAUUGGGUAACUCUGAGAACAAAACAGUUCACACCCCUCUGCCCUCCCCUCCAUUCAAAGUUGAGGUGUUUGCUGUUUUCUAUAGGUAUCUCAAACAGCAGCACAAUAUUGCAUGGAGGGGGUAGGGAAGGGAAAGCUUUAUUUUCCCUUUUUAAGUAAGCAUACGUUUGGGAGGCCCUUUGGAGCAGAAUUUCUCAACUAAUUUUGUUGCCAAUUGUAGUUUGUUUUUUUCAAUGCUUUAUUAUUCUGUCUCUUGCUUUUGUUAGAGAAAAUGGCCAUCAGAGGGUUGGGAUGAUAUCAGCAUUGAACUGCUUUUGCAAGAACUCUCUGUUAUGGACAGUAACAACUUUCCAGGUGUGGCAUGAGUAUGUCUUUAACCUGAAUUUUGACUUCUAACAUAUACACGAAGAGCAUUUUCUUUGGAAUCAAAGUGGAUCUUCAAAACAAUAAUCAUAAAACUAGUUUGAAUGAAAUGAAAGAAAUGUGGAUGUUCUAGUUCAAGAAGAAAUUGAGGUUUUAAAACAGUUUCUACUAAUGUACCUCAGUUUCCUUUCUCUUGAAACCUUUAUUAUUAAUUUUGAACUACAAUACAGAUUUACUUAUAAAGGCAGACUUAAUUGACUGUUUAAUAGUUAACAAUUAUCAAUUAUUGUUGAUUUCAGGUAAUGUUGGUGCAGGAGAAAGAGAAGGAAGGGUUAUUUCUUCACUGGUGUCAAGACGCCAUUUUAGGUAAUUUGCUACUAAGAAAUUCUUUUUUCAAGAUAUUAUUUUGUUACACAAAAAAUGUAUUUUUUUAUAAAUGGCAUAUAAUAAUGAAAGUACCUUUAAAAGGGCUUUUUUUGAAUUAUACUGAACCAUGAAAAUUAUACCUUCAAGGUUAGUUUGAGACAGACUUCAAAAAAUUCUCAGUGGAGAACUCUCGAAAUCAUAUCCAAAGACAUCCAAAAUUCUUUCCAAAAACAUUCCACAGAUUUCCAAAAAGUCAAACAAAAUUGUAGGUUUGGUAGAAAGUAAGAUCAUUCACAUGGACUCUUCUCUCCUUUGGAGAGUCAUGCCUGACCUGUGAUCAAGUUGUUCUUUUUUCCUUUUUCUUUCUUUGCCUGACGUUUUGCACUUUGCUGACUUUUCACACUCCCCCCAGAAAGAAGGAAAUUGCCUGAUCACAGGUUACGUCAUGCCAACAUCAUCCACAGACUUGCUGCCAAAGGUAACAGGAUGCAUAUGUUUUCUAUUCAUAAUGGGACAAAUUGCAAUUGCACAAUGACGUCGUUUGACUACAACUACCAGUAUCCUUCAGUUUGUUUUUUUCUUGUGUAAAUAAGGGCUAUUGUUUUUUAAACCUCAGUGGAAAGCAAAGACAAAAUGAAUUCUGGUAGUUGUAGUCAAAUAUUGUCAUAAUUUUUGAAAAUGGCCUAUUGAGUCUGGAAGUGAUCAAAGGGUAUCUGUAUCUGGAGCGAGUCAUAAUUUUUUGCUUUCUCAUGCUAGGCUAAGCCAUGGUAUUGGUAGAUCUGGGGACAUAGCAGCAGUGCAACCUAAAGCAGCUGGCUCAUCUCUGUUGAUGAAACUCACCAACUGUAUGGCUUUAGAUGCUAUUAAAAUGGCAGGUAAGUUCUGUUGUUAUCUUAACAUGGUGAAAGUUGGUACAGUGGAACCCCACUCUAAGGACACCUGCAUAAGAUGGACAAAGGACAAGCUGAAAUUUUAAUUUUUUCGAGCCCUGUAAACUAAAGGAACUAAAAAUUACUUUUUUGCAUAAGAAAACAAUGCAAUCCAUUCUUUUCUAGGGGUAAAGUCAGCAAAAGCCUGUCUUGUUUUGCCAGUGGCAACAGGUAUGAGUUUGGUAAUGACACUGUUGACAUUGAAACAGCAGAGGCUUGGUGCAAAGUAUGUGAUAUGGCCCAGAAUUGAUCAGAAGUCUUGUUUUAAAUGUAUCCUUACUGCUGGUAAGUGAUUAUAUUAGUUAGCCAGCAGUCUCUUCUUAUCUUGUUGAUAUGUUACCCAGCCAAUGUGCAAAACUCCAGGCUAUAGCUUCAAAGUGAAAAAAAGGCUUUUUCAAAUGAACCUUUUUUAGCAAGCUUGUUACACAUGAAUUCUUUUCAAUCUCAGAAUUAAAUUUUUAGAAUUUUUUUGUGAUAAUUUUGUAAUUAUUUUGUUUUUCUUCUGUUUGUGAUCUUUUUAUAAAGCACCAUUGGGUUUUGGAUUUUGGUGCCAUACAAUGGAAGCUCGCAUGAGUGGACACCCUUGGGAAUGAAAAAGGUGUCCAUAUAACUGGAGCUAGCGGCUUACGAGAAUGGUUACGUUCUUGUAUGUGGUCACUAGAGGUGUAAGGGUUAGAUGGCUGCUUAUGGGAGCUUGCCCAGCUACAAGUAAACAUUGGAAAUGCAAAAAACUGACAGUUUGUAGUGUUUGGCUACACUGUUGUUCUACCAGACAAUGUUGUAAUUUAGUCACAGGCCGGGCAUAAAACUCAAGUGGUCUUUCAAAGUUUAACUAGGCGGAUGUGUAUUUUGAAAAAACCCGAACUGAAACCAAUAUAAAUUCACUCUAAAGAACAGUGGUUUGAAGUUGAUUUCUUGAAGUACAAGAUUCAUAGAGAAGACUGGGAUUUCAUUUCGGGAGGGAACUUACGGAAACUUAUAAACAAAGCCAAUAUCUAACUUGUAAACCGUGAAAGUAUCCAUGGCGUCCGCUUACAGGAAUUUUGUAUUUUGUAUGGGAGCUGAAACGGGGUUUUGUGAAGAUGGCCAGAAGUAGAGCUGUCCACUUAGAAGAGUGUAUGUUACGAUAGCUUCAACUAUAUGAAUACAGUUGAACUAGACUCCAUUAAGGGGCCACCCUCAGGGUACCAGUAAGUGACUGCUUAAUGGGGGUAGGCUGCCCAAUAGAGGUUAGUCGGAAAUCAGAAUAAUCUUUUGCAGAAACAUCGCUUUAUUUUGAAACAAACACAUGAUGGAAUGUGGCAUCACUAGUACACAUCAUCUUCCAUCUCAAACUAUAUUUUCCUUCAUCAUAGAGGUGUCAGCUUAAUUCACAAUUGUGUUCUACAAUUAUUUCGGGACUUUGAUUACUGGCCACUUAAAAGAGGGUGGCUGUUUAAUGGUUUACUUAUUAUUAUCACCGUGUUCUCUUACCAGGAUUUGAACCGGUCAUUAUUGAAAAUGUUUUGGAGGGUGAUGAACUACGAACAGAUCUUGCAGCUGUAGAGAAGAAGAUCAAAGAUUUGGGUUCUGAAAAUAUUGUCUGUAUUAUGACCACUACCAGCUGCUUUGCUCCAAGAACACCAGACAGGUGCUGAAAAAAAAGACAUUUUUUAAAAGCAUUCAUUCUUUAUUAUGAUAUUGUUACUUUUUAAGUGUGUCAUAAAUGAUUACCAGAUUUUGCAUUCAAGGUUGGAAGAAGUGGCCAAGCUUUGCAAAGAACAAGAUGUACCACACAUUGUGAACAAUGCCUAUGGGGUACAGUCGUCCAAGUGCAUGCAUCUGAUUCAACAGGUACAGCCUGUGAGUUCACAUUCUCUUGAGGCAGAGAUGAACCUUAAAAUAUGGCAGAAUUUAUAACCAGCUGUUUGAGUGAAAAUUAAUUUUUGUUUUGUUAAGAGGUAGUGCAUGGCUUUAAUCCUCUUGUGCAAAUUUCCCUUUUGCAGUUUUGAUACUUUCAGUUGUAUUUGCUAACAGUACACUAUGUUCUUGUUGGUGUGUGUGACAACACUUCUGGCAUAAAAAUCAAACCUCUUUGACCGAACAUUUGUAUAAUAAAUUCAGACUUUGCUACCAAAUAAUUAUUGGAGUUUUUUUGCGAUUUUUUGGGUUGAACAUUGUCCGCUAUUACAAUGCAGGAGUGAAGGGGUUAAAGUAAUGUUGUCAUUCUCUCUACCACAGGCAGCAAGGAUAGGUCGUGUGGAUGCAUUUGUUCAAAGCACUGAUAAAAACUUCAUGGUUCCUGUUGGGGGAGCUAUUGUGGCAGGAUUUGAUGAAAAAUUUAUCGAUGCUGUCAGUAAAACAUACCCCGGUGAGUAAGGUACAGUAAAGAUUGUAUUGCUUUUGGAGUGUCAGUUAAGAUAUUAUGCUUGGAAUAUAAUAAAUUACAGCUUUAAAUGGCUAUUUCUCACACACCACUGAUAGCCAUGCCAAGCCGACUGCUGCAACAAAAGCAACUGCCCGCCUUUUGGUCACAUAAUCUAUACCCAGGCUCCUAGCAGUGUGUAAGAAAAACAUUUUUCACUUAUUGUGUUACACUCAGCCACUGGAAAAUUACCCAUUUGCGAGUUUAAUGACAUCCAAAGCUAAAGUCUUUAAAAAGUACCCAAGCUUUGUUUGAUGUGAAAAUUUUACUUGAAUAACAGGCCGAGCAUCAGCCACUCCUUCAAUUGAUCUGUUUAUCACUUUGCUGUCUCUUGGAUCAGCUGGAUAUCAGCAGCUCUUGCAACAAAGAAAGGUAAGGCAACAUGGCAAGGAGGCCAGAAAGAUUGCAUAUAGUCAAACCCUGCAUAACAGACACCCGGUCAAUAUGGACACCUCAUUAUUAAGGAUAGUUUGCUUUGACCCUGGGGAAAGAAAGCCCUUACAUUUUCUUUAAAUUCAACCUGCUUAAUACAGACACCUCAUUGAUAUGGACACCUUCUAUGGUCCCCUCAGUGUCCACAUUAAUAAGGUUUGACUCUACUGAUAUUUGUAGCUCUGUUGUGUUUCACAUAAUUUGAUGCACUAUCUGGCAUCAGUCAGUGCUGAAGUUAGUUGGUCAUCAGUGAGAAGUUAGAUGAGGCUCAAAUGUAAUUCAGGUGAGGUUAAACACAAGACAAAUAUGCUUGCCAGCUGUCUCCAUCACUAAUCAUGUAUGGGGCUAUCUUUGGUCAUUUGCAAGGCUCUAGUAAUUUCACAGCUCUUUUACUGAGGUAAAUAAUUUCGCUCAUGUUGUCUUUGUGUGCAGCCUCUAAAGAGAAAGGUAACGCAACCAUCUUUUAAGUGGAUAACUCGUAACAGUAAUGACUGAUAAACUUGAAGUCAUAGUGACAGUGCACUCAUUUCACCCCCCUCUCUCCAGCACUCCUCCGUUUUAAGGGUAUUUAAAGCUAGUCAAAGCUACAUAGAAAGGAGAGAAGUCAUGUAUUUGUCAGUCAGUUAGUCAGUCAGUCAAUUAUCAGUGAGUCAGUAAUCACCUUAUCAAAAUUGAGUUAUUCAUUUCUCUGGUCAGUUGUCAGUCAUUCAUCUGUCAGUAAGUCAAUUCAGUUGUCACUGUUCAUUUGCAGUCAGUCAGACAAACAGAGACAGGUUAAUUAACCGUCAUUCAGUCAGUGAGCAAAUUGGUAGCCCGCGAUUCUCCCCACCUCGUGACACCCACGGCUCAAUGGAGACUGAGCUUAGGGUGCAAUCAGCUGCAAUAAUAGGGACCUUACGCAACGUCGACACCAACGUCAACGAGAACGGCAAAAGAUAAGCAAAACAACAACUUUACACAUGCAUCACGCUUUUUUGUUCAUUUCUUUGCUGUCACUGCACGAAAGACCUAAAGAUGCCUUAUUUCACGUUUUGUGGAGGACGGGAAUACAAGAAAACGACUUUCUUUUUCUUUUCCUGAACAUCGAUACAGUCUUAUAGAAUUCACAUCCACAAAAAAUUGCCAACAAUUAAGCAACUGAAAAGUUCAAAGUUUGAAGCCGCACAAUUUCACUUUUAAGUGACAUUUUCCUAACCGUCUCUGUCAUUGCAGUCUGCUACACAGCCGUUUUUAGUUUCGUCACGCAAUGCUCCUCCCCACCAAGUGGGGAGGAGCGUUGUGUGACGACACUAAAAACGGCUGUGUGGCAGACUACUGUCAUUUUGGCUUAAGUUGAAACAGCGAAUUCCCUUUUUAAGUGAUGUUUUUGUAGCCGUUGCCGUCGCCUUCGUUGUUGCUUAAUAUUAUUUUACUACUCUUAUCGUAAACUUUUCUUUCCAUUUAUUAUCCUCUUCAGGAAGUAUACAGUUACUUAUCUGAUGGCCUUUCCAGGGUAGCAACAACGCACGGAGAGCGGCUACUGAGUACUAAAGGCAAUCCCAUAUCAUUGGGUAACUAAAGCUAAUGUCUUAUGUUGUCCUUCUACGUCUUAUCUCUUAUUUUUCGGCACUGAUCAGCCUAACUUGCUCCCUUGUUCAUAUUCCAGCGAUUUCACUUGAGAAAGUCACAAAGGGCCUGGAAUUGAACGCGGCCGGUGUUACUCAGCUUGGGUCCAUGCUGUUUACGAGAUGUGUUUCAGGAGCAAGGUAAGAUCCGGGUCAGACGCCGUUCUUUACAUUAACUGAAUCGGUUUGUGCUGGAUUAGCGUAGUGGUAACGCGGUUGACUUCGAAGCUAAAGAAUGAUCAUGACUUGCCCGAGUCCCCAGUUAUGAAUUAAACGGAUUGGAGAGAGAGAGAGACUAGGUGCAAAAGUUAUUGAAAACUUCUCUCCACUCCUGCUCAAUGAGAGAUAUGAUUCUCAUUAUAUCUAUGCCUCCAAAGAGGAUUCUUUAUGUUGACUUAUCUUAUGAGCCCAAGUAUACAGAAUUUUUUUAAUGGAUUUUAGAAAAUAGAACCUGUUUCAAAUUUUAGUCCAAACAAGUUCUUCUUUAUUGAGAGGGGCCCUAACUGGCGAAUGUUAGCCUUACACGAGGUUUUUGAAAACCAGGCUCUUACUCGCGGGUUUUUACUGUACGUGUAUCGAGAGGGAAAGUUGUUUGAACCAAUUAAAAGCACUUAAGAAACACGUCAUCAGUAUAGAAUUUCUGGGUUCGUCCCUCACACGUCGUUUCGCGCGGGAACCUAGAAGUGGCGCCGCGAAAGCCGCGAAAUGUCCGCUAUGUUCACACUAAAGUAAGGAUUCAGGAACCUGAUGACAGUAAUAAGCAAAGUCUAAGGAUGGGCGACAACUAGCCUGCGUAGCAAGCAUUUCCGUGUGAUUUCGGAGCAAAGAAAGACCGAGUAACGGACGACGAGGAACGGGAUUUUCGGUUUUGUCCGCGCGAAAAGUGAUGCGAGAACCCCAUUUUUCGUGCGGUUUUUGACUCUCGUUCCUCGUUCUUUGCUCCGAAACCGCACGGAAACGCUUGCUACGCAGGGUUGGCGACAACUUAUCAAAGGUUGAGUUGGCAAAGGUCGUUGAAAAGAGGCUUUUAACUCAGCUCCAAAUUGAGCCGGCACGCUGUGAGCAUAGCGAAAACAGCGCAAACUCAUCCUUAUCGAUUUUACAUUGCAGAGUAGUUUCCCCUGAUAGCACAAAGGAGAUCAACGGUUACGUCUUCACUGGCUGGGGUGCGCAUGCUCAACACUACCGCUGUGCUUACCUUACUGCAGCCGCGGCGAUAGGGAUGACGAAAGCGGAUGUGGACACGUUUCUGAAGCGACUCGACAAAUGUUUGUCAAAAUUCAGUGCUAAAGAAGUAACUGUUUCGGGGAGUAUUGAAAGUGAUGAUCAGGACGAACAGGAGCUGAGGGACGGAAAUGAAAAUGGCUUACAAAAGAUAGCGGGCAAUGAAGCUACAGAUAAUUCAGCAGUGAACAGAUAGUACUAAAUAUUGAUUUUUGAUUUUAAUUUACAGUAAAAUGGUUCGUGGCCAUCCAACAGAAUUGUUAAUAGGAUAGCCUUCCAACGAGUGUUCAUUGCCUAGUUUCAAGUCGAGAGGGACUGAGUACGAGUCAGUUUAUUAUGGAAUAAACAACGACACGAGACCCAUAUAGUCAGAAAGAGCACAUUGACUGAAUCAGCAAGAUUGGUGUUUAUCGGGAUAUACUGAACGAGAUACAGCCAUUCAAAACCCCCAAAAUUUACUAAGAAAUAUAUAGCUGUCCGGGCGAUGUGUCCGGCAAUCCAUACAUCUCUUAUAAAUUUUCAUGUUUAUUAAUAGCUGUAUCUUAUUCAAUAUUGGCCUGAUCGGCACCAAACUUCAGCGUGUUGUUUAUUCCAUAACAAGCCGACUCGUACCCAGCCCCUCUCGAUUUGAAACUAGGCAAUGUCAUAACAAUAGACCAUUUACGAGUUGCCUCAAGCCUCUGCCCCAAAGAGAUGCAAAGCACAAAACCAUUGAUGUGAAUAUGAUUUUGUUAUCACGUAAAUAAAACUCAUUUUUACAAGAAAGGUUUUGCACUUAGCCUCGUUUUUAAAGUGAGAGUUUUUGCAACUCGGAAAUAGCCUAUUCAACAUACCGCAGGAAAAAAAAUUAUAAAGAAUAAUAAGUGACGCAAAGAUAGGUUUCGGGUGUUGUGGAUUCCUUGGGACUUCUUUUUCUUUUCCUCGUCGUAUGGGCGGGAAAAAAGUGAGAGAAAAGUUGAAAAACCUUGUAAUUGACGGAUGGUUUUACGUCUAAGGUUUCUAGUUAGCCGGUUUGAGGAGAAAAACCAAGAAAACUGCAUGCUUGAAGAAAAUUGCUGUAAUUUGUGAUACAAUUGUCAUCUUAGCGUACCUUGUGCGUCUGUAUAAAAUCCAAGUUAUGCCGUGAAUUUAUUUGUGAAUUUGAC